AUGCCUUCCUCCCAGGCACUUCCUGCAACAGCCGCGCCAAUCGAUGUCCAAUCUCCAACCGCAUCGGAUUCUGAAGAAUACAAGUACGAGGAAAUAGAAAUAGAACAAGAGAUUAAAUUUGAAGAAGAAGAAGAAAAAGUGAACGGAGAAGAGUUGUCGCCGUCAAUCCAUGACCCAGAUGACGAAAAAGUCUUUGGUCUCUAG